CUGUUGUUCGUCUGGUAUGUAAGCGUCUUCUUGGGUGAGAAAAACAUGAAUAAUUACGAAGAUAUGAGUGAAACUGGUGCAGCUGGGGAAACAGAUGCAUCCACAAGCAUUGGUGAUUCAGAUAUGUCUUUCCCCAUGAAAGGUAGGGUGAAUCCAGGCCUUUUGAAUGUCUUGGCUGAUGUAGCAUCUGCUGCAAGAGAUUCAAGGAAAGCACCUAAGCAGGGAGUUUCUCCCUCUGUGAGAAGGAAAGCACAGAAUUCAUGUGCCUUGAGCCUCUCUGAACUAGAUCAACUCUCAGGCCACUUAAUGGUGAAGCUCUUCUCUCGAUAUGAGGCUGAUGAGAUGAGGAGGACAUUCUCCUACAAAUGCUGCCUUCUUCCAAAUGUGUGCAAUCAAGUUAUUGCCAGUUUCAACAUGGAAAGUCGAGCACGAGAAAGCAUGAAACUUCACUUGAUGAACCAUGUCAAAGAACUUCAUGAUGCUGCAAGUGAGGGAAGGUUGGAUCCUUCAACUUUCCGCAUCUCCCCGAUCAACAGCCGUCCAAAGAAAAAUGAGAAGAACACUGAUUUGGCAGUUGGUGUCCCAGUGACUCAUCCUUGUAGUGCAAGGAAAAUGGAGGUGAAAUGUCACCGACAAGAUGCUGGACUUGAGCAAGUACCUGAUGAUUCUACUCUGUUGGAUGCUGGAGAAGGACUUCUGAGUGAAUUAUUCCAAACAUACAUGGAAAAGUGCCAAGGCAUCCAAGAACUUGGAGACCACAGCUAUUUCUAUGGCACCAAAGUCCAUCAGCAGUCAGGAGAAAUGCCUACUGCUGAAGAUCAUGAUGAUGAAAACUAUGAAGAUGAAACCAAGAUGAGGCAUCAUUGCAAGUGUUGGUGGAAAUCCAUAAAGGGAGACAGAGUACAAGGCCGGUGUAAAACCCGUCUGCCUCAGGCACCAAUACAUAGAGCUAUGUACUUGGAGCCUAUCAAUGUUCAUGGUGUGAGCAUUGACCAGCCUUUACCUUCAGUGGGUGGCGAAAUGGAGCUGCAAGUUGAAGAUUCCUACCCAGUGAUGCGAUCAGGAGACCUUCCAGUCGUGAGUUUGGACCAGUGCGACCAUUUGUAUCCUGUGAGGAGCAAAGCAGACACAAGCAGAGACAGCGGUGAUUCAGAAGAGAAGCAACAAGCCUUAAUGAUGCUUUCAAAACUCAAAAGUGCACCACCUCGAGGGAAGGGCCAAUCCAAGUACCAAUGUGCCAUAUGCAGUCCUGUCAAGACUUUCACUGCACUCAUGUCCUUAAUGGGCCACCUCAGAAGUCAUGCA